AUGGAAAUAUUUAACAGUUUAUUUCGAUCAAAUAUUCAACAGUUUAUUUCAAUUGGAAUACUUAACAAAAAAAUCAUGUCGAAUUUCGAUGAUAAUGAUAUUCAUUGUGGUAUAUAUCGAACAAAUGAUCCAAUAAGUAACUUUAAAAUUCGUGUUAAAUUAGAACGUUUAACAUCUAAUUCAUUACUACCAAGUUUAGAACGACUAAAAAUUCGAGAAGAUUUAUCUCGUUUACUUGGUAAUGAUGGACAACCUAUUGAAAAACCAAAAGCUAGCAGAACUGAAAUAGCACAAGUAUUUGAUGAAACAAAAAACUCAGAAUAUGAAGAAGUUGUUAUUGGUUGGCAACAAAAACUUUUUAGUCGCUCCGAAUUUGAAAAAUAUGGAAGAAAUGUUGGACCACAUAGUACAGCAAUUAAACAAAAAUAUUUUGAUGCGAUACAAAAAAUGAAAGCUGAUAGCAAACAACCUGGAAGAAUAUUUACAUAUAUUGAAAGUGAUCCAUAUGGUUAUGAAAGACAUCUUGAUUAUUUCAUGACUGACUCACCAAAUGAACAACCAAGUCGAUUAGCAUUAGGAAUUGAUAAUGUUCGUAAACGUCAUGUCGUUCAAACAAAUUUUAAACAAAGUAAUAAACAAUAUUUACACAAAACGAAUCUUAUUAAUCAAAAACCAACAUUUGAUAUUAUUCGAACAAAUCAUUUCACUUCUCUACCAUAUCAAACAAUGUAUUUAAUGGCUGAUUUAAGUCAAACAAUUAAUACAACAACUGAUGUUUCACAAUCAACUGAUGAACAUGUUUUAUGUCGUAUAGAUGUUUAUUCAAAUGGUACAAUUAUAUUAGAACCAGAUUUUAAUAAUGGUAAAUUGGCUUAUUUGGUUGAAACAGGAAAAAUCGAUAGGGCAUUUUAUCAGUAUUACUUAGAACAUGCAUCAAUAUCAAUAACUAAUGAUUAUCUUAUUAAAGAAAGAAGAUUAAUGAAUGAAAUUUGUACAAGACAACAAAUAUAUCUAUCAAAUAUUGUUGGAAAUGAAUUUGAUAUACCACCACCAACUGUUCUUAAAUUAAAUGUAUUUGGUGAAAUUAUUAGUGGAAAAAAUUUCGAUUUUGAUAAUACUUAUGUUUAUUAUUGUUUAGAUUUAACUAAUAAUUGGUAUGUCGAAUCAUCAACGAUUUUAUCCGGUUAUACACAUACAGCAAGUGCAACAACGUCCAGUAAAUAUGAUGAUAUUGUUUAUUAUUCGCAUCCAUUCGAAUUUGAACUUUGGUAUAAACCACCACGUGUUUCAGCUGAUCAUGAACUUCCUCGAAUGCCAAAAAUUUAUUUUCAAAUUUCUUCAUUGGAUUCAUGGGGUCGUCAUCGAAUAGAAGGUUAUACAUACAUUGAUAUUCCAAGUAGUCCAGGAUUUUAUAAUGAACAUUUAUCAUGUUGGAGACCACGUGGCAAUUCAAUAUAUGAUGAACUUCGUCGUUUUUAUAUUGGUGGUUCACCUGAACUUGAAGAUAUUAGUUAUGUUGCUAUUCCAAAAUUAUUUGAAAGUGAACCAAAUAAUACAUUAUUAAGUCGUUUUGGUUUUCGUACUGUUUCAACAGGAGAAUUAAAUAUUCGACUCAAUGUUGUUUUUCAAUCACAAAGUCUUGCAAAAGAACACACAAAACAACGUAGUACCCAUACUGUCAGUCGUCAUGGUUUUGAUGCAUUUAUGUCAAAUAUUAAUGAUACUCUCUAUGAAUAUGACCAAGCAAAAAAACGUGCAUUGGAAGUUCGAGAAAAAACACGUCAAAAUUUUCAAAUGGAAACACUUUAA